AUCGUGGAAGAGACAUAAAGUGGUAACUAUGACGACUAAGAAGCUGCUCAUUGAAACACUGAACCAGUUGAGUCCAGAGGACUUUGCUGAGUUCAAGUCACUCACUGAAGGGAAGAAACAUCUAUCAUCCAAGCAAAGGAGGCGACUGAAAACAGCAAACACACAGGAUGUAGUGAAGCUGAUGAUGGAGACUUACAGGGGAGAGUGUGUGGAGGAGACCAGAAAGGCUUUAAUGAAGAUGAACAGGACUGAUCUGGUGCAGAGAUUAUCAGACAAACAGUUUCCUCCACUGAGCCAGAGAGUAGAAACGAUGGAGUCUCUUAUUGAGCUGCUUUUGGAGACACUGGCUGAUCUGAGUGACAGCGAGCUCGAGAACUUCCAGCAGGUCCUCAGGAGGAAACAUGUCUUAUCCUCCCUGUUUAUGGAGACAGAGACAGACCUGCAGGACGUGGUGUUUUUGAUGGUGAGGACUUUUGGCCAACAGUCAGUGGAGGAGAUCGUGGAGGUUUUAAAGGAGAUGAAGAGGACUGAUCUGGCUCAGAGGCUGACAGACAGCAGCUCAGAAGCUCAAAACAAACAUCUGGAUGAACAUCUGUCUGCACUGAUCCAUAAAGUUGCAACAAUGGCAGCUGUUACAGAUCUGCUUCCAGAAACACUGGAGGAUUUGAGUGAACAAGAAUUCAACGAGUUCUUAUGGUUCCUGCAGUUCACUCGUUUUCAGAAGAGUCUUCCAGAAAUCGAAAUGAGUAAUGACAGAGGAAGAACAGUGGUUGUGAUGAUUGAUAAAUGGGGUCAUCAGUCUGUUGAGGUGACCAGGGAGUUUCUAACAGACAUGCAGAGAACUGAUCUGGUGCAGAGGCUGUCAGAGAGCAGCUCAGGACUCAAAGCUGCAGGAUCAUCAGCUGAAGGAUUUGAUGUGGAGGAAACAGAGAAAGAGAAACACUCUGAGGAUGAACGUUGGCCUGCACUGAUCCACAAAGUAGAAACGAUGGAGUCUGUUAUUGAGCUGCUGCUGGAAACUCUGGAUGGUCUGAAUGAGGUGGAGCUCAGAAAGUUCAACUGGACCCUGGAACAAAUUCUUGAUCAUGAUGAUUGUGAUGGCAUGAACUUGUCAUUGCUACUGUACCUGAUGUCAGGCCUGCUGAACACAGUGUUUCUGAUGGUGCUGACUUACGGCCAACAGUCAGUGGAGAAGACCAUGGAGGUCUUAGAGGAGAUAAGGAGGACUGAUCUGGCUCAGAGGCUGUCAGACUGCAGCUCACUGCCUAGAAAGAAACACUCUGUGGAUGAACGACGCUCUGCACUGAUCCACAAAAUGGCGACAUUCACAGCUGUUAAACAUCUGCUUUUAGAACAUUUGAAUGAUUUGAACAACGAUGAGUACAGGACGUUCAAGAAGCUCCUACUGAUGAUUCAUCCUUGGAUGGAUCCUUGGAUGGAUGGAUCCUCAUUCUUGAGUCCAUCACCAAGCAAAACAGUUUUUGUAAAUCUGAUGAUGGGUAAACUUGGUCAGCAGUCUGUGGAGGUGACCAGAGAAGUUUUCAUGCGCAUGAAUAGAACUGAUCUGGUGCAGAAGUUAUCAGAGAGCAGCUCAGCAUCCAGAGAGAAACACUCUGUGGAUGAACAUGGAGCUGCACUGUUGAAGAGAGGAAAAGCACUGGAAGCUGUUAGACAGAUUCUCUUGGAAACACUGAAUGAAUUCAGUCAAAAGGAUCUCGGGAAAUUUAUUCUGUUGCUGCCGUUCACGUGCUUUAAGAUGGGCCUGCCACAAAUAGAGAUGUAUAAAAACAGGACAGAAGACCUUGUGGAUCUGAUGGUGGAUGAACUUGGUCAUCAGUCUGUGGAGGUGACCAUGGAGGUUUUAACAGACAUGAACAGACCUGAUCUGAUGCUGAGGCUGUCAGAGAGCAGCUCAGGACGAAAAACUGAAAGAAGUUCAGAGCUUGAAGGUUGUCAGAGCAUGACGCAGGACACCAGUGACUGGACUAAACUUGAACCUGAGGUGAACAGUACAGAUGCAGACGAGGCUCCAACUUACAGCCUUCAGUCUGCAGCAGGACACUUUGAAUGCAGAGUCUCGGGCUUGCGCUGGGUCUGUAAGGGAAAGACCAGCUUUCAGUACCAGUUUAGAUCUUGGGAGGGACACAUGGAGAGGAUGGAGGGCAGACAAUACAUGCCUGCAGGUCCUCUGAUGGACGUCACAGUCACUGCUGGGAAGUUAAAUGAAGUUCACCUGCCACACUGGAUCUGCAUCGAUGACAUCCCUGACAUAUUGGACAUGUUUGCAGUCGUUCACAUAGAUGACUGUGGAGAUGUUGUGGAAAAAGUGUCUGAGGUCACACCAUCACAUGUCAAGUUAACUGAACCACAUUUCUCUCUAAUAGGGGCUCUGAUACGUUUAUUCUUUCCUGUGAAAAUCAGCUGUUACACGUUGAUGUACUAUAAAACCAACACAUCAUUUCUUAAACUCCAUGUCUAUCCAAUCCGACAGGAUCCUGCUCUGGAACAGGGAAUAGACAAGGAAGAAUCCUCAGAUGGAUACAAAAGAAUCAAAAAGCCACACCCAGACAAGUACCUGCAAACUGAGCGUACUUUCAGCCUCAGAGCCGACAUGGAAACAGCAGAAAUUCAACCACAGGAGUUAACCUUCAGAUAUAACAGGAUAAACUUCUAUGAAGUGUUCAUUGAGAAUCCAGACAGAAAACUCAGGCUUACACUCCUGCACUCAAAUGAUGAUGAACCAGUCUGGACAUGUAAUGUUCAUCAAGGUGACUUUCCCAUGUCUGGUUAUGUUGGAGCUUCAGGAUCUUCAAAGGGAGCAACUGGUGUCAGUACUUCAGCUGCAGGAUCCUCAAGGGGAGCAGCUGGUGUCGGCACGUUGGCAGCUGAGCAACACUCGGUGGAUAAACAUCCUCCUGCACGGGGAAAGAAAGCAUUGUUCAAAUCAGACAGAAAGAGGUACGAUGAAGAUCCAGAAGAAGAAGAAGAGCAUAAAAAGCUAAAGUUACAGUGGGACAGUGAUGCUGCAGCACAGAUGCCAAAGGCAUUAACAGACCAAUCAGACAGAGAGAAGCUUUUGGGAAUGUUGGAAGAUCUGAAAAAGGAGGAGCUUGAAAAGUUCAAGUUUUUCCUGCGGGACCGUGAUGUUUUGGUAGAGCUCCAACCCAUCCCAGAGAGCCAACUGGAGAAGGCCAGCACCUGUGACCUGGUGGAUCUUAUGUUGCAGACCUACACAGAAAAGUCUGUGGAGGUGACCAAGAAGGUUUUGAAGAAAAUUAACAGGAAUGAUCUGGUGCAGAAGUUAUCAGACAGCAGCUCAUGAUCCAAAGGUUGACUCAGACAUGACAACGAGAUCAAGAUAUUUUAAGCUAUUUUUUCAUUUUAAUAUUUCAUCUUUUAAUUUUCUGCAGAAAUAUUUCAGCUUUAAACAUGUAGAAAUGAUCUGACAGUGAUUUCCUUUCCCUUCUUUUAUAGAAACACAUUCUGUUUGUUUCUCGCAGCACAGUUUGUAAAAAGACUACAUUUGUUGUGCUUUUCUUUGCUUUCAUUUAUACACUUUCAAAUUUACGAUAAUGAGAUCAUCAUGUUUACAGAGAUUCACUGUGGGACAAACACUCAGGUUUAUGUUGGUUUUUUUAACUGUAAUGUGUGAUGUCAUUGAGGGGGGAUAUCCUAAUAUUGGUGAUCUCCAAUUCUGGCCCUUAUCACAGAAGCUCCACCCACUUGUCCCUCAAACCUUCUGUUUGUGGGGAACAGCCAAUAAGAACAAAGUUGCCUUAAAGGGAGAGGAGUAAAAACAGAAGCUUGUUUCAGAGAGGAAGAGGAGCUACAAUCAAACCAAGUAUAAAACAAAUGAGAAGGAUUUUGAACUGUGACUCAGACAAAGCUACUCGAGUACUGUCCAAAAACAAAAAUAUUAACCUGAAAAUGAGCAUUAUAUGUACAAUUACAUACAAAAAUAUCAUGAACAGCUUUAUGAUUCUCAUUUUGUUGAAGACGAUAAAUCCAUAUCACAGUAUAAAUGUGCCGCGUGAAGAAAAGUCUUUCUGAAUAAUUUUACAUUAACACCAUAUGAACUCUGUUAUUUUCUGUCUUUUGUUCUUGUGGUCGUUGCUCAGUCUGGUUUGGAGUGAAACCCAAAUGAGAAAAGUUUCCAAGGUUAGAAGUUACUGAGGAACAUCAUGACCUGAUCUAU